CUAUUUUAAACCUAUUAGCAAAGAUAAGGGACCACUUUUAUCAUUUUCUCCCAUUAUUUAUAGCCUCUGAUGCGUUAUUUUCAGGUUUCCAUCUUUCUCUCUCUAACCUUUUGAGCUUUCUCUCACUAGAUCCCUUUUUUCCAAAAGCUCUCUUCAGGGAUCAUUAAGAAGGUAGAGAAAUGGGGCUUACAUUCACCAAGCUUUUCAGCCGGCUAUUUGCCAAGAAGGAAAUGCGUAUUCUCAUGGUUGGACUCGAUGCAGCUGGUAAGACCACCAUAUUGUACAAGCUCAAGCUGGGCGAGAUCGUCACCACCAUUCCAACUAUUGGUUUCAAUGUGGAAACUGUUGAAUACAAGAACAUCAGCUUCACCGUUUGGGAUGUCGGGGGUCAGGACAAGAUCCGUCCAUUGUGGAGGCAUUAUUUCCAGAACACUCAGGGUCUCAUUUUUGUGGUUGAUAGCAAUGACAGAGACCGUGUUGUGGAGGCAAGAGAUGAAUUGCACAGGAUGUUGAAUGAGGAUGAGCUUCGGGAUGCUGUGCUGCUUGUUUUUGCUAACAAACAAGAUCUUCCUAAUGCAAUGAAUGCUGCUGAAAUAACUGAUAAGCUUGGACUCCACUCACUCAGGCAGCGUCACUGGUACAUCCAGAGCACUUGUGCAACAUCUGGAGAGGGACUUUAUGAGGGGCUUGAUUGGCUUUCUAACAACAUUGCCAAUAAGGCCUAAGCUGAAGUAGAGUUGUCGCGGGUUGAUCCCUGGAUGCAGGCGGUUUUUUAUCUAGUUUCUUUUUCUUUUUGGUUUCUUUCUUUGUCAUUCUCUGAAUCUGUGUGGUUAUGAAUAUCCCUUGACAGUUAUUUGCUUCUUAGUAGGACCUUUUGGAAAUGUUUUUGUAAUACAAUGGUUGGAUGGAUGUAUGUAAUUGCUGAUUGUUUAGGUUCGAGUAUAAUGUUAUAACUUGUAACAAAGACUAGCUCUUUAUUGGAGUUCUUCGUAUUUUGCACC